AUGUCUUUGGCAAAUUACUCCAACAUGAACUCUGUGUCCAUUGCAAAUAGCUUAGGAUCUGGUUCACGGGCACCCAUACUUAUUCCUGAAGAGUAUAAUUCGUGGGUUGGCCGUAUGAAUCUUCAUCUUAACGCUAUAAAUGAAGAUAUCUGGAAGUGUGUAGAAGGAACAUAUGUUACUCCAGAAAAUAUGGCUACUCUUGCUACAAAUCAAGCCACUCAAACCGAUAUCAUAAGAAAGUUGGAACUCCAAGCCAAAAAGGAACUUGUGUCUGGAAUACCUCACAAUAUUCUAAGUCAAAUGGAUGACAUUAUGAUAAUUAUCGGAAACAAAAGAACAUCUGUUUUGAAUGAAUUCGAUAAUUUCAAAAUGCUUUCAUCAGAAACUAUCCAUGAUACUCAUGAUAGGUUCAAUUUGAUUAUGGGAAAUCCAGCUAUUCAUACCGAAUCUUUGUACAAUUUGUAUGGAGAACUUCAAUCGUAUGAAUCCUUGAUUAACCCACCAACCACUGCAGCUUUUGGAGGACCACUUGCUCUUGUGUCCACAACUUCACAAAACCAAACACCUUUCAUUGAUCAAAACUUUAAUCAUUUUAAUCAGACUACAUCUUUUCAAAACCAAACCUUCCAGUCUGAUUCGAAUGAUGAAGCAGAUUAUCAACAACUGUGUGCUUUGGUUGCAAACACAAAUCUCCAGAGAUUUAUCCCAAAUCAUGAAUACUGGCCAACAUCUGAUGACGAAGCUGAUAAUGAACAAGCACAAUCAAACUUCUGCUUCGUAGCUGGUGUUGAAAUACCUUCAAGAGCUCCAAACGUCAUAGAACAGGUAUGGUCUAUGAUCUCUGAACUUGGUUUUUCCAAAACAAUUUUUGAGUCCCACAUAACCAAAAUUGAGACUAGUCUGGAAACUGAUCUCAAAACAUAUCAUGACACAAUGGUCAAUUAUGAUAUUUGCAAAUCUGAGUUACAAACCUUGCAACUCAAAUUUGGAGAAUCAACAAGAACUAAAAGCAAAUUGGAAAGAGACGUUGAAAGAAAACCAGAAGAUUAUAAUCACGUCUUGGAACAAUUAAAUCAGUCCCUAAUUCAAAAAAGGGAUUUGGAACUAAAAAAUCAGUCAAUCAUUUCUUCUGAAACAAAAGAUGUUUUAGAAAUGGAAAUCCUUCAGUUGAAACAAGACUUUCAAGAAUCAACUGAUAAAUACAAUAUUCUAAAUGAAAAACUGACUGAUUCUUUAAAACAAAUCAAUUCUCUUAAAACCGAGAAUAAAAGACUGAUAUGGAAUAUGGAUUCUAUCAAAGUUGCUAGAAAACUAAGUGAUGAUAUUUUCACAAAGGCAAACACCUUAGGAACUGACAAAAUUGAUACGAAUUAUAGACCAGGAAUUGGAAGAGAAUCCUUUGCAAUUAAACAAGCAAAAGAGGAAAACAUGACGCAUUGUGAAAACUCUGCAUCUACUCUACCAGAUCUUUUCACAUCUGUUAAUGAGGAAGAUUCAGAUGACGAAACAGUUAUCAACUGUAGUCCAGAUGAUAAUGCUUUCAGUGUUUCCAAAAAGUCUUUCAAAAGAGUUGUAAAUUCUGAAACAAACUCUGCAAGUUCUUUAACUCACCAAAUCAAACAUACUGAUGGAACCACUAAACUCAAAAACUUUUUGAAUGGAGAAAAUUCCUCUUAUGAGGAUGGUAGUACUUCUAUACCAACUGUACUUAAUGCUGGAGAACCCAAUGAUGAUACAUGGUAUAUUGAUAGUGGCUACUCCAAGCAUAUGACAGGAAACCGGAACUACUUACGUGACUUCAAACCUAUACAAACCAAUCAAGAUGUUACCUUCGGAAACAACAUGAAAGCAAAAAUCAAAGGUUAUGGAAACAUAACAAAUGGUAAUUUUACCAUAAAGAAAGUUGCCUUCGUCGAUGACCUGAAACACAACCUCAUCAGUGUUUCUCAACUAUGUGAUAACAUUCUUGAAGUUCUUUUCACCAAACAACGAAGCUUGAUCAUGGACACCAAAACCAAAGAUGUUAUAGUUGAUUCUGACCGUGCCGGAAAUAUGUAUCCACUUGACAUGGAUCUUAUCUAUGGUAAACCCGAUAUAUGUCUGCUAUCUAAAGCCCCAGCAGAUAUUAGUUGGUUAUGGCACCGUCGCCUUUCCCAUCUAAACUUUGGGUACAUCAACAAAUUAAUCGGCGAUGAUCUUGUUCGAGGGCUACCACUUCUGAAGCUUGAUAACGAAACUCUUUGUGCCGCAUGUUAA